AUGUCAAGCCCCGCGAGUCCGGACCAAAAGAUUACCCAAAAUGCCAUCAUCAUCUCUGCUUUCCCCUGUGCCGGGAAGUCGUGGCUAGAACAGCACCAUAGUCAUGCUGGGUACCCAGUACUGGAUCUGGAUUUUUCACGGUUUUCUUUCUUGGUGGACGGAAAAACCGGUAAUCCUCAAUUCAAAGAGAACGAUCUUGAUGAAAUACAGAAGUUCGUAGGCCAACGAACUGUAAUCUUAGUUUCAACACCUGAGGAACUUCAGAACGGUCUCAAAGAUCGAGGCUUGAAAUAUUUUCUGGUAUUUCCAGAACGAGGGCUGAAGAAUCAGUGGCUGACUCGUUUGAAAAAACGGGGUGAUUAUGGCCUGGCUGAUCUCCUCCAAAAGGAUUGGGAAAAAUUCAUCACUGGGUGUAUGAAACAAAAAGGAUGUGAAAUGCAUACUCUAGGAUCUGGCCAGUAUUUGUGA